ACCGGUUGUCAGAGCAACACCCUACCGCCGCUGUUGAGUUACAUUAGCAAGUAUAGCCAUUUAUAUCAAAGGAACGUGGUAUCCGAGGGAAUUGCUGCAACUACUCAGUUUGUUACUUUGUGUAUAUAUCUUUGUGCAACGAGUUAUAACAUGUUGACUUGCAUCAGUCGUUUCAGAGCGCACCACCACCAUUGUGGUGAAUAGGAAGACGUUUGAGAAAGUCAUGCAGCAUCGAAUCGAUUGCUGAGAAUUCAGUGUUCACGACAUCUUUCAAGAAAACUCAAUGUCCAUUUUCUAACGAACGAGCCCGGUUGCCUUUUGGAUGCACGUAGCAACAUACACCAAACAGGCCUAAUCAGAGACCUACAUUCCAUGCCUGUGGUCCCGUGCUAAGCACUAAAAGCCAGCCAAUGAUGCUAACCUUCACCACCCCUGAAGCAGAGGACGAAGCCUGUUACCGGGACUCCCCGCAGAAACCUAGACCUCAAUUCACCCACUCAUGCCUGUGAUCCCGAUCCCUCGGCGAGUGCGCAGCUUCCAUGGCCCCCACACCACCUGCAUGCACUCGGCCUGCGGGCCGGCGCGCACCACCCAGCUUGUGCGCACCAAGUACAACAACUUUGACCUGUACCUGCGCUCGCGCUGCAUGUACGGCUUCCUGCGCUUCCUGCUCUACUUUGGCUGCAGCCUUCUGACCUCCCUCCUCUGGGUGUCACUGUCUGCUCUCUUCUGCUUGCAGUACGUGAGCGCGCGCCUUUUCCUGCGGCUGCAGUACAAGCUGUCCGUGAUCCUGCUGUUGCUAGGACACCGGCGCUUUGACUUUGGGGUGCUCAACAACCUGUUCAUCUACAGUAUGCAGGUCACAAUGUUCCUGGUGGGAGGCCUGGGCUGGUGCUUCUUGGUGUUUGUGGACAUGUAGCGUCUGGUUACAACAGACCAUGGAUCACUGUUUUAUGCCAAUGUCAGACAUCCACCUGAGUGAUGCACGGCAGCCAUUUUGUACCAAAACACUACACACAGCAGCAGUUGUGAUGAAGGCGUGAGGAUGACCAGGAAUAAAAGGUGGACAGAUUAUAUAGUGCAGGGAUUCAUGAAAGACCAGACAAUCAUACUUUUUUUCACAAACACACACACAUACACACACAGACAAGUAUGUGGACAGCCCUUCAAAUUAGUGGAUUUGGCUAUUUCAGGAUCACCCUUUGCUGACAGUUGUAUAAAAUCAAGCACACAGCCAUGCAAUCUCCAUACACAAACAUUGGCAGUAGAGUGGCCUUACUGAAGAGCUCAGUUACUUUCAACAUGGCACCAUCGUAGGAUGCCACAUUCCCAACAAGUCAAUUCGUAAAAAUGUUGCUGCGCUAGAGCUGCCCCGGUCAACUGUAAGUGCUGUUAUUGUGAAUUGGAAACGUCUAGGACUUCAGCACAAAAACUGUUGGUUGGGAGCUUUGUGAAAUGGGUUUCCAUUGCCGAGCAGCCACAAACAAGCCUAAGACCACCACGUGCAAUGACAAGCGUCGGCUGGAAUGGUGUAAAGCUCACUGCCAUUGGACUCUGGAGCAGUGGAAAUGCGUUCUCUGGAGUGAUGAAUCCCGCUUCACCAUCUGGUAGUCCAACGGACGAAUCUGGAUUUGUCGGAUGCCAGGAGACCGCUACCUGCUCCAAUAGUGCCAACUGUAAAGUUUGUUGGAGGAGGAAGGAUGUCCUGGGGCUGUUUUUCAUGGUUUGGGCUAGGCCCCUUAGUUCCAGUGAAGGGAAAUCUUAACACUACAGCAUACAAUAACAUUCUAGACGAUUCUGUGCUUCCAACUUUGUGGCAACAGUUUGGGGAAGGUCCUGUCCUGUUUCAGCAUGACAAUGCCCCCGUGCACAAAGCGAGGUUCAUACAGAAAUGGUUUGUUGAGAUUGGUGUGAAAGAACUUGACUGGCCUGCACAGAGCCCUGACCUCAACCCUAUAAAACACCUUUGGGAUGAGUUGGAACGCCGACUGCUAGCCAUGCCCAAUCGCCUUACAUCAGUGCCAGGCCUCAUAAUGUUCUUGUGUCUGACUGAAAGCAAGUCGCCACAGCAAUGUUCCAACAUCUAGUGGAAAGCCUUCCCUGAAGAGUGGAGGCUGUUAUAGCAGCAAGGGGAAAACCACUCCAUAUGAAUGCCCAUGAUUUUGGAAUGAGAUUUUCAUUGAGCAGGUAUCCACAUACUUUUGGUCAUGUAGUGUAUAUUAGUAUUAGCUAUCAAACCAUGUAAAGGAACAACCUAAUUCUGUAUAUUUAUUUUUAAAAAUGCAACUAACUGGAUUUAUGUAAACUCUGUCAGACACCAUAAAAGGCAUUUCAUUUUUACAUGUAUUGUCCAACAAGUAUUUAAAGGCCUCGCUUGUUUCAUUCUAACACUGGUAUUAUUACAUAUUUGAAAAAUCUAAUCUCCAAACUUCUUUUUGUUUUGUUUUAUAGCGCUAUAUAAUGCUUCAGGACUAAUUUCGUUAGCAUUUUGGAAUGUUUUUCCUGAUUUAAAACAUAAAACGACGUUUAUAAAGCAAACAUUAUCCCUUCGGUCUAUCACAGCAAAUGUGUCCAUAGUUGAAGCAUGUGUUGCAGAACAGUGAUUUAAAAUAUUUUUUUCUGAAUAUUAACACAUAUCGAUUUUAAUAGGGCUGGCCAUCAUUGACGGAGUUGACAAGCCACUGACGGAGUUGACAACAAAUACUCAAAACAGACAUUUUUGCUUCAAUAGAAACAUUUGUCAAAUGUACAAAAAUGUUUUAUUUGAAAACCCCCAAUAGAAAUUAAACCGGUCUAUCAGAUCUUUCAGCACUCUGACGGAGUUGAUGUUAGACAAAAAUCUGACAGAGUUUAUGUUUUACGGAGUUGACAAAAAAACUAUUUUUUCAUCUUCAUUAAAGUGCUAUACAAAGUAGCAAAUGUGUUCUUCCGGAGUUGCUGUAUGACUCUAAAAUCAAAUUUAUUCUAACGUAUCCAGGCUGUAUCACAACCGGACGUGAUUGGGAUCGUAUUGGGCGGCGCACAAUUGGCCCAGUGUCGUCCCAAGUUUGGCCGGUGUAGGCCGUCAUUGUAAAGCAGAAUUGGUUCUUAACUGACUUGCCGAGUUAAAUAAAAUAAAAAUGUAUAUUUGUUCCAAAAUUAAUAUCCUAUCAUGCAGAUGGAGUUUAUGGUUGUGAACUUGUCACCGUGGUGAUUUCAAUGUUUUGUUUAAAUCUAUCAAAAGUUUUUUUUAAAUGUGUGGCCUUGGUGCAUUACAUACAUGUAUAAUGGGGACAUGAAUGGUGGAGCUGACCAUGCUCAUUCCUGAUUAAUUUGGGAUUUUAAACAUGUGACGUUCACAACAUCACCGGACACAUUUUUUAGGAAUUACAGUUUUUGAGAGAAAUACUCUUUAAACUCAAGGGGCUAUUGCAAGAAACUACAUAAGGGCAUUUUUCAGUUUACAUUAACUAUUGGCAUUUUUUUUGAGAGAGAGUUUCAAAUUGGGAUCUUUUGCUCAGGACAAAGAGUCAGAGUCGAUAUGGAAAUGUGUAAUAUUGAAAAGAUAUUAUUUUAAAUUUCCCUUUAUAAAGUAUAAAACUACAGUGGGGCAAAAAAGUAUUUAGUCAGCCACCAAUUGUGCAAGUUCUCCCCCUUAAAAAGAUGAGAGAGGCCUGUAAUAUUCAUCAUAGGUACACUUCAACUAUGACAGACAAAAUGAAAAAGAAAAAAGGAUUUUUAAUGAAUUUAUUUGCAAAUUAUGUUGGAAAAUAAGUAUUUGGUCACCUACAAACAAGCAUGAUUUCUGGCUCUCACAGACCUGUAACUUCUUUAAGAGGCUCCUCUGUCCUCUACUCGUUACCUGUAUUAAUGGCACCUGUUUGAACUUGUUAUCAGUAUAAAAGACACCUGUCCACAACCUCAAACAGUCACACUCCAAACUCCACUAUGGCCAAGACCAAAGAGCUGUCAAAGGACACCAGAAACAAAAUUGUAGACCUGCACCAGGCUGGGAAGACUGAAUCUGCAAUAGGUAAGCAGCUUGGUUUGAAGAAAUCAACUGUGGGAGCAAUUAUUAGGAAAUGGAAUACAAGACCACUGAUAAUCUCCCUCGAUCUGGGGCUCCACGCAAGAUCUCACCCCGUGGGGUCAAAAUGAUCACAAGAAUGGUGAUCAAAAAUCCCAGAACCACACAGUGGGACCUAGUGAAUGACCUGCAGAGUGCUGGGACCAAAGUAACAAAGCCUACCAUCAGUAACAAACUACGCCGCCAGGGACACAAAUCCUGCAGUGCCAGACGUGUCCCCCUGCUUAAGCCAGUACAUGUCCAGGCCCGUCUGAAGUUUUCUAGAGAGCAUUUGGAUGAUCCAGAAGAAGAUUGGGAGAAUGUCAUAUGGUCAGAUGAAACCAAAAUCUAACUUUUUGGUAAAAACUCAACUCGUCGUGUUUGGAGGACAAAGAAUGCCAUACCUACUGUGGAGCAUGGGGGUGGAAACAUCAUGCUUUGGGGCUGUUUUUCUGCAAAGCGACCAGGACGACUGAUCCGUGUAAAGGAAAGAAUGAAUGGGGCCAUGUAUUGUGAGAUUUUGAGUGAAAACCUCCUUCCAUCAGCAAGGGCAUUGAAGAUGAAAUGUGGCUGGUUCAAUGAUCCCAAACACACCGCCCGGGCAACGAAGGAGUGGCUUCGUAAGAAGCAUUUCAAGGUCCUGGAGUGGCCUAGCCAGUCUCCAGAUCUCAACCUUAUAGAAAAUCUUUGGAGGGAGUUGAAAGUCCGUGUUGCCCAGCAACAGCCACAAAACCUCACUGCUCUAGAGGAGAUGUGCAUGGAGGAAUGGGCCAAAAUACCAGCAACAGUGUGUGAAAACCUUGUGAAGACUUACAGAAAACGUUUGACCUCUGUCAUUGCCAACAAAGGGUAUAUAACAAAGUAUUAAGAUAAACUUUUGUUAUUGACCAAAUACUUAUUUUCCACCAUAUUUUGCUAAUAAAUUCAUUAAAAAUCCUACAAUGUGAUUUUCUGGAUUUCUUUUCUCAUUUUGUCUGUCAUAGUUGAAGUGUACCUAUGAUGAAAAUUACAGGCCUCUCAUCUUUUUAAGUGGGAGAACUUGUACAAUUGGUGGCUGACUAAAUACUUUUUUGCCCCACUGUAUAAAAAAAUUAAGUUUCCCUGCCGGCAAGGACUGUCCUGACUUUCAAGAAUCCCUGAGUGACACGCCUUGGUGCUAUUUGGCUGCAAAAUGUGGGUGCAUAUAUACCAUAUCACUAAGACUUCUGUAAUAAUAAAUCUUAAUUUAGUUUAGCGUAUGAGGGAUAGUAUGCCCCUCAACACUCUAGAAGGAAAGAAACAUGCUGUCUUGUAUGACUGGAGGAAAACAAGUGACAAUGUUUAAUUCUAAAAAUAAAGGAUAUAUUCAGUAUGGGUGUUUAAAUUGACUCCCCAGGUGACAGACAUUAUAUUUGUAGCUAACAUUAUUA